GAAUGGUCGUCAACAUAAUACAAACAAAAAAAAUCCAAAAAAUAAUCAAUUAUGUGAUAGAGCACAAAAAAUAAUUGAAAAAAUUGGCAAAUCAAAAUUUAUUAAAGCCAACAUUAGGUCAUCCAAUUUGGAGCUCCUAUCAAAAACAACGUGGGAAACUUUCUUAUUGGAGUUCAAUAAAGCCGUAGAAACAGAUGACGAUAAUAAUGGUGAUGGUGAUAUUGAUAUGGAGUUGGAUGAAUAA